AUGAGGGCCUGCGCUGUGUUGCGGAUGUCUUCUAACAAACGAGAAGCUGUGACGAAGACAAGCCGGCUCCGCGCCUCCAGCAGCUGCAGCAAACAAGCAGCAGCAGCAGCAGCAGCAGCAGCAGCAGCAGCAGCGGCAGCAGCAGAAGGGUUCGUGAACUAG